UAUUUACAAGCUACUAUGGCAGCUGUAGUGUAUCCUCAGACUUUGGAGGUUGCUGAAGCUGUUCCAGAUAAAGUUUUACAAUUAGAUGAAUACAAUCAUGAUCAUAGUCAUGACAGGGACUCAGGGCAAUGGUCACUGGAUAAUGAUGACCCCAAAGACAGUCCAGGGCUGGAGACAGUUGUGAUAUCAAGAAUCCCCACUCCCCCUCCACCUCCUCCACUACCCCAAGUCAAUACUGUGUUAUUACUACCGGGCUCAGGCCUCACUCAUGAAGACUUUAUUACAGAAUUUCAAGAUCCUAUUGGCCUGGACUAUGAUAGCAAUGAUGUGGCAACAUGUGAUUGUAUGCAGUGCCCAAUCUGUUUAUGCAAAAAGUCCCAUCCACCGAAAAUGCCUUGCUGUCAAUUUGAAGUAUGCAAGGCUUGUGUCCGCCAGAUUAUUGCAACUAACAUUGGAGAGGGUCGUUCUUUCAUGCCUUGCCCUAAUUCAGACUGCAACAAAGCACUCACAAGAGACUUCAUCCUACAAUAUGCCACUGACUCUGAGACGAAAGCAAAAUAUGAGCAAUUCCGUGUCAACCAGGAGAACGACCCGACAAAGAAGACGUGUCCCAACUGCUGUCUUAUAACAGAGCGAAACGACCUUCCAGAAUAUAAAUUAAAACCACCGACACCAGAGGAUUAUAACAUAACGUGCGACAAAUGUUCCUUUCAAUGGUGUUUCAGUUGUCACUCUCCGUGGCAUGAGGGUAUCUCAUGCAAGGCGUAUCAUCAAGGAGACCAGCAGUUUCAUAAGUGGACACGAGAUAGGAUGGCUGGGUUCACUCCCAAUUGUCAAAAGUGUCCAAAGUGCAAAGUAUUCAUUCAGAGGUCAACAGGAUGCGAUUCCAUGAUUUGUAAUCAAUGUCACACGAACUUCUGUUACAAGUGUGGAGGAAAAUUUAAAUCUGUUAUAUUUCUUGGAGACCAUUAUCAAAGGCUAGCUCCCUAUGGCUGUUCGUACAACUACUUGCCCGAGAGGCCGGCCGGAAGACGCUUCAUAAGAGGAGGAUAUAUAUUUGUGAAAGCAGCUGCUUUGACUGGUUACCCAAUCCUGUUCGUUGGAGCUUGUACUAUAAUAAUAGUAGCAGGGGCAGUGAUACUCCCAGUGGUUGGCACUGUCAAGCUAUGCAAAGGAAUCAAACGUUACAUCAGAAGAAGAUGAGAAACUUGUAUA